AUGUCCUUCUCAUCGUUGCUCCCACCACCAAGACGUACUUCAUCUGAGAAGGAGUCCCAAGUUUCGCUCGUAAAGAGAAACAGAGAGCUUGUCCUUAAGGCUCUUACAGAUGAUGAUAAUCAGGAUGAUAAUGUGAAAAAGGACAACAUAUUCGACUCAGUAGUUGGCUCCAAGCUAAACUUCCAGGAUUUUGUUCCCAUACGGCAAAGAAACUUCAACAUGGAACUACCAAAGCCAUCACAACAGGAAAUUGAGGAGACAUACAAUCGCACUAAGAAGGUAUUUGACAAGAUUCUAGCCACGACUCUGCAACCUGAAACAUUAGCUGUGAAAAAUUCUGAACAAGCAAAUGCCGAAUCGUACGAAUUGAAAUAUGAGACUAAGCAACCAUCUGGAGCUGUAAAAUCCCGAGUACUGAAAAUUGUAGAGAAGGCUCAAGAUCCAUUACAGCCAUCCACUAUCAAGGCCGGUAAAGUGGUUGCUCCCCCUGUUGAAGAAGAAAUUACACCAUUAUUCCAUAAGACUGAAGCAGCAGACUCCGCCAAGACUUUUUCCAAAGAAGAGCGUGCUGAGUGGGAUAUACCUGCUGCGAUAUCAAGCUGGAAAAAUCCCAAAGGUCACACUCUGUCACUUGAUAAAAGGCUGGCGAUGGACGCAAGAUACAAUAAGCAAAAUGUGGGGCCACACGAGGUUAGUGAAGGGUUUGCAAACUUGUCAAGCGCCUUAGAGGUAGCUGACAGUGAAGCCAGACAACAGAUGAAGGUAAGAGCUGAAGCUAAGAGGCGACUGGCAGAUGAAGAAAGUAGGGAAAAAGAGGAAAAAAUGCGUCUUCUGGCCCAAAAGGCUCGAGAAGAACGUGAGAAUGAGAGGAGUGCCAAUGCCAGGUUUGGGAGAAGGAUCGCUGAUCAUGAGGACGAGCACGACCCUGCCAAAGGAAGAAGGAUUGCAAGAAAAGCAAGAGAGGUGGAACUUGAAAAGGAUAUGAGGAAAUCAAAGAUGAGUACAGCUGAUAGACUACGGGAAUUGGCCUACUCGCAAGGAAGAGAUAUAUCUGAGAGAGUAAUACUCAGUGCCGCUAAAGCCACGGAUUCAAGCGAAGGUCUGUAUGAUUCUAGACUAUUUUCAAAAGGUGCGAAUGCGAAUGCAAGAAGACACGAAGAUCAGCUCUAUGAUCAGCCGCUUUUCGAUCAACAGGCUAGAGAUUCCUCUAAUAGAGCAAACUUGGAUCAGAUAGAUAGCAUGAUAGGUGAAGAAAAGGGUGAGAAAAGAGGACAUAUACAGUUUACAGAAGCUAGCAAGGACUCAACUCGGGAUGAGGAGAAAGAGUAUGGAUUGCAGGAUAAGUAA